AUGUCCGAACGGAAAACGGUGGAGUCAAAGCAAAAAACUGAAGAUGACACUGAAUCCUCCAUCCCCGUGACCCUGACUGACGGACCCAUUGGCAUCGUAUUUGACUCAGAAUUCGUGAUCAAGCAAGUCGAGAAGGACAGCCCCUUCUACAACAAGUGUAAAGUCGGCGACAAGAUCGGACAAGUACGGUUACUUUAUAUCUAAUAUAUACACUUUCUCUUAAUAAGUUUACUCUAGUUUUAUUUUUAAAGGUGAAUGACGCCAAAGUAGAGAAUGAGAGUGGAUUCCAGGAAGCCCUUCAGAAGUUUGGUCCCACCAUCACCAUCACUCUGGUCAGGGGACUUAAAAGUGUACGUUUAGCACCUUUAAAAUCAUUCUAAAUGUAUUUUAGAGCGAAGUUAAGAUUCCUCCCGCAAGAGAGAAGAACCUGGCCCGACAAGACGGGUUCCUUUAUCAUGUAACUCAAAUCGAUUACAUCAAGGGAUGCAAAUUCGGCCUCGGAAUCAAACAUUUCCAUAACAAAGUUUUGGUUACCAGAGUCGAUGCAGGUUUGUUUUAUGGUCAUGUUUUCAUACUACAUUUUAGGAUCUCUCUCCGCCAAAAGUUUGAUGGUGGCCGACAGAAUCGUGGAUGUGAAUGGAAGCCCCGUUACGGACAAAGAGGUGGCCAGAACCCUGCUUCUGAAAGCGCUGCAGAAGGACCGAAAGGUCAGUUUGUUAAUCGAGAGACCGUUCAGCAAAGAGGCCAAGGACAAGGUCGCCUUUGCUCUGAAUCAAUCCGAGAUGCAGGCUCCUUCUGUAGCCAUGGCUUCGGAUAUUCAAGCCAUUAUCGCCAAACAGAAGGCCAAGAUGAAGGAAGCUUCAAAAGAGCCAAAGAAGGUAAGAGUGCAUGGGCCUUCAUCUAAUUUUACCUAUUUCGUGAUGUUUUUUGAUUUAUUUUCAGGGCCUUCUCAGAAAGGACAAGGCAGCCCCUCAGGGCAAGGUUCAAGUCAGGCCUGAAAAUCCGAAUGUGGUGAUCAUAGCCUCGGACAAUGAGGGCAAGCAGCUCAAACCAGUUAAACCCUAA